AUGGAGUCACUGCCCAGUGGUGACUGCUUCGACCCGGCUGAAUUCCUAGAUCCCGACUACCACUGGCUGGGAAUGGAAGAAGAGGAAAUAACAUCCGAACGUGUGGAGGGGGCAGCACCAGAAGCCGAGGAAGUCCUUCCCGGCCCAGUGGGCAGCAUUAACUCCCAAGACGCCAACCAUGACGGCAACCAUGAAGGCGACUUCAGGCGUGAAGGCGACAUCAACGCUGAAGGCGUGGUGAACCACGACGGCUCAGGGAACCAGGAGAUCGGCGGUGGCGUCCAGGAGCUGGGGCAGCAGCACCCUGAACCGCCACCCCAAGGGGCAGCGGCUGGGGCUCUUCCGGCCUGUGACAGGCCUCAAGGAGUCGCGCGCUCUCAGUUCACCGCGGAUCAGGAGCAAGAGCUGGAAAACGUUUUCCAGCGCACUCAAUACAUUGAUGCUCCGACAAGAAGGGAACUUGCGAGGAGCAUGGACGUGACUGAAGCCAGAGUGCAGGCUUGGUUUAAGAAUAGGAGGGCCAGGAUGAGGAGAAGUGUGAGGGCAACACUGCUCAGAAACACUGAACCCACUAACGUGAACCACCUGUACGUGCUAAUGCUGGACCCGUCAAACAUUAUUGUGUUGGACCAGUCCUAGAAUGCCGUCCUCGCACCAGAGCCGGGUUGGAGAUGGGUUCCGGUGCCCCUGACACCUGGGCUGCCUUUGUUACCUCUGCCACGUUUUUUCU